AGGUCCACCUGAACCGACGUCUCCCGCUGCACUGACUGUCAAUAAUAUAUAUUUUUUUAAUCUUCGUGCGUGUUCUAUUCAGCCAGUGUUAAGUGAUAUGAAAACUUUUUACACGAUGUUGUGAAUGUGACAGUGUAUUGGGACUGUUUAAAGGAUUCUUUAUUUUAAAAUGGGAAAUAUUGACAGAAGAAAGAACUUUAUAAAAAUGGAACUCGCGACAUGGUUGUUUUUGUUAAUCGCUGUCGUCACACUGGCCACACCGGCUCAAUCAGCGUCUCCGCGGGUGGUUUGCUACUACACAAACUGGUCUGUGUACCGUCCAGGGACCGCUAAGUUCAACCCCCAGAAUAUCAACCCCUACCUUUGUACUCACCUGGUCUACGCGUUCGGAGGCUUCACAAAGGACAACACCCUGAAACCUUUUGAUAAAUAUCAGGAUAUAGAAAAAGGUGGAUACGCCAAGUUUAACGGCCUGAAGACGUACAAUAAAAACCUCAAGACGUUGCUGGCUAUCGGAGGCUGGAACGAGGGAUCCUCGCGUUUCUCCCCCAUGGUCGCCGCCAAAGAUAGGCGAAGGGAGUUCGCGAGGAAUGCGAUAAAGUUUUUAAGGCAAAAUCAGUUCGAUGGAUUGGAUCUUGACUGGGAGUACCCCGCCUCCAGAGAGGGAGGGAAACCUAAGGAUAGAGAAAACUACGUCAAGUUCGUGAAGGAACUGCGCCAGGAGUUUGAGAAGGAAUCGGAAAAGACCGGCAAACCCAGGCUGCUGCUCACGAUGGCUGUCCCCGCGGGCAUCGAAUAUAUCGAGAAGGGAUUUGACAUUAAGACUUUGACACGUUACUUGGACUGGAUGAACCUUCUCACAUACGACUACCACUCCGCGUUCGAGCCGGCGGUGAACCACCACGCUCCACUCUACCCUCUAGAAGAACCCAAUGAAUACAGCGUUGACAACGAGCUGAAUAUAGACUACACGAUCAAAUUCUAUCUUGAAAAUGGUGCGGACCCUGAGAAGUUGGUGCUGGGUAUACCAACGUAUGGUCGUUCCUAUACUCUGUUCAACGCUGAUGCUGUGGAAAUAGGCUCACCCGCUGAUGGACCCGGGGAACAAGGAGUGGCGACGAGAGAGAAGGGAUACUUGGCCUAUUAUGAGAUCUGCGAAGCGCAAAUAUCCAAGACAAAGAAACGCGCCAUCGCGUCGGACGAGGACUCUGAAGAGGAAUCAGAAGAAGAAGACGAAGAAGAAGAAGAAGAGAAAUGGACCAUCAUGUAUCCCAACCCUAACGCUAUGGGCCCUGUAGCAUUCAAAGGGAACCAGUGGGUUGGUUACGAUGACGUGGAGAUCGUCAAAAAGAAAGCACAUUAUGUUGUCGAAAACGGGCUCGGAGGUAUCAUGUUCUGGUCUAUAGACAACGAUGAUUUCCGCGGCGUGUGCAACGGCAAACCCUACCCGCUUAUUGAAGCGGCCAAGGAGGCUUACCUCACUAAAUUAGAAUCUUCUAAAAACUCGGUUAGCAGUCCGAAAGAAAGUUCGAAACCAUCGAGGGGUGGGAACCGCAGACGAAACCGUCCGAAGACGACACCCACCACCACCACCACCACCACUACUACCACCCCCAAACCCCCGAAAAGCAACAAGCGUAAGUCCACUAGCUCGGUGAGCACCACACCAACCUGGAACAUUAUCACACCUGAACCCCCCACCACUCCCGAUCCCGGAUCUGACUUCAAAUGUACCGACGAGGGUUUCUUCCCCCACCCGCGUGAUUGUAAGAAGUAUUUCUGGUGCCUCGACUCCGGACCCUCGGACCUUGGGAUCGUUGCGCACGCCUUCACCUGCCCCUCCGGUCUAUAUUUCAACAAGGCCGCCGAUUCCUGUGAUUUUGCAAGAAAUGUGCUCUGCAAGAAAUCAUCGUCUACCACAAAAGCUGUCACCAAAACCACAACAACGAAAACAACUCCAACAACCACAACAACAACGACCACGACCACCAGACGACCCAUCAGACUGACUUCAAGGAGCUCUUUGCUGUUCAGGACUUCAACUACUACAACUACAACCACACCAGAACCUGAGCUCAGUGAAGAAGACGAGGAAGAAGCCGAUGACGCCAGUGACGUGGAAGCUGAAGACCCCAAGGUCAUCAAGGAACUUAUUGACCUCAUAAAGAAAGUUGGCGGCGUCGAACAGCUGGAAAAGCAGCUUAAGCUGUCGGAGUCGUCAGGAUCUACGGAUGGAGUCGCCACAACCACGCCGACAUCGUUCAACACUAAGCUGUAUCAAAAAGUACUGGAGAGAGCUCGGGGAAAAAACAAGUUCGUCGGAAAUAGCAUUACUGAAAGCAGUGUGCAAAACAGCCGUCGGGGACCACAGAACGAGGGACUCGAACCAGCUGUUGAUAAAGAUCGCUUGUUGAGGAGAGAGAGACCACAGUAUGUCACCAUCAACCGGGCAAGGUCAUCCACUACACCAGAAUCUCUAGAAAGUGAAGAGGCCGAGGACGAAUCGGAGGAAAUUCAGGAGACAGUUCAGGAACAGCGAUCAGAGGUACCCGCAGCGAGAGUAGCGACGACUCCUAAACCUCUCCAAUACGUUAACAUCAGACGGACGAGACCGACUACUGCUGCCACCGAGACUCCUGAUGACUCCAGGAAUGCUCUGUUUGAACGCGAAUCGUCCGAGUCAGAGGAGCGUCUAACCGCUGUUGAGGAUGCACAGCGCGUGGACCGCGGGGACUCCCGGCGCGACACUCCAGAAUACGUCACUAUAAGACGCGGCAGACCGACCACUGAGGCCACCACACUACCAUAUCACAGCGCCGAAGAAGAAGAUAAAUCGCAGGAAGUUGCUUUAGUGAAAGAGAUCACGUCUCAGUCUUCGUUACCACAAUAUAACUCUAUAGUCAGAUUUCGAUCUACUACACAGUCACCAGCCGAGGAGUUGACUAACCCAGCUCCGACUACAGUCCUUUCUGUUCAGAUAUCUUCAUUAUUGAAUUCCCCAAGUUCCGAUGAAACCGCAAGCCCUCGAACAGAUAGUACGACCGCUCAUGUAACCGAAGCUUCUGAACCCGAAGUAACGACGGCAUCCACUACGGUUGUGACAACCACAACCACACCAAUAACGACCACGACGACUACGACGCCCUUACCUCCUAGCACGACCACACGCCGCAACUUAUUAAGACGACGGGGCUCCACAACACCGACCACGCCAACCACGGCCGCGGCAGUUUCAACUACGCAGGCUGCAAAGGAACGCCGAACGUUCCCGCGUCGCACGAAAGCCACCGCACCGCCGGAAACAACAGGAGAGGUAACAAACUCACAGACUACAACCAGCAAAUAUCCGAGACGAGGCGAGAACAAAUUCAAGAUACAAAAAACGGAAAAAGUCGAGAAAUCGCGGGAAAGUAACUCGACAGAGAGUCAGCCAUCUUUGAACGGCACCGCGGCGAGCAAUGACAGGCCCAACCGCAACUUUGUUCGCAGACGCUUUGGAGGGGCUAACACUUCUACGACCCAAUCGUCUACUAUACAAUUAUCAUCAUCUGUAACAAGACGUCCGUUCCGUGUGGCGAACCGUCGCAGACUAUUUUCUACCACAACCACCACGACAACAACCUCCCCCAGCACCACAGAGCUGGAGAGUGACGAAUCUUUACAGGAUAUAGGAGACACAGAUGCGAUCGAAGACCCGUCUCUCCAACCUCAACCCCGAGCGAGGAAAGUCUCUAACGGCCCGCGGAGACGACCAUUAGUCCAACUGAAGAACGAAAACGAAGAUCAAAACUCUUCCGCCACUAACGAAGACGAGAAGACGAGACAGAGCAAGAAAUACAGCGCCAGUUUCAAACAAAACCAGCUGGAGGAAAUACUGAAGAUACGAGCUAGCGCUGAAGAAAUCGACGUAACUACGGAAGGGAGAUCCACUCUUGAUGAUACAAGUGCUGAAACAGCAGUAGCUCUAGCAGCCCACCAGCUCCUAUCAGCACCGAUACCGAUCAUCCCCGACUACGAUGACGAAUCGAAACCAGCGCGGUCUUCUCAAACUAUCGUAGACUACAAAUUUACAAGCCCAGAGUACAAUGACCUCACUAAAACACAAACGUACACAGAAGACUAUCAGAGAACUCCAUCUUACACUUCGACUGGACAAAGAUUUGAGUCAACGACCCCUUACACUCUUCGAACCGAAGGAAAUGUUCGAUCGACGACAGGAUCAGUUAACUCUGAGACUAAUAUUCCAUCUGGGUUCACUACACCUGGCGCAUUCACAGGCAGGUUCACGAGCCCAACUACCGGAAAUACAAUCAACCCGACCUUCUCUGGUAUAACUCUCAGCCUCGGUUCCGAAGGCUCUGGCGAGUCGACGGCUCGUUACACCUCAAACUUCCCCAAAGAAUCAACGCCUACCACUUACACGAUCAGCAACUAUGAGACCAGAACCCUGAGGCCCGGUUUAUCGACCAACAUCGUCAAUCCGACUUCGUUAAAUUUAAGGGAAUCUACAGCUAGAAUAUACGCGAGCCUGGAUCGGAGUGUGCAACCGACAUAUUCGACUGAAUUCACAACAAAAAUUUCGAGGCCGGCAGGAUUUUCACCCAAUUCAGUUAAGAUAGAUGAAAUAGAAAACGAUAAGACGACAGAGAAGUAUACGGGUUUCAUCGAGAGGGGUCCAUCUACUGCUAGAUACGAGGGUUCUAGCGAAAAGAUUUCGGUCCCGGUCGCCGUGGGGUACUCGUCUGGUAGCCAGGGCUUGCAAGAGCCUUCGUAUUUCACCAGAGAAUACUUAUUGGAAUCCCCGGUCACUAGAACAUACGACGAUGAAUACCAAUAUUUGUCCCCGGCGACGACGCCACAACCAACAACCAAGAAACCGCUCAGAAGGAAAACUAUCUAUCGUAGAAUAUCAUCUACAGCUGCACCAAGCUCACAGAUCACCCAGAGCCUGUCAUCAAUCCGCACGUCACCCACCACAUUGACUACACCCACACAACCGAUAACGCAGACAACGGUCAAACCACGUCGAACCAGCAGGAAACCGUUUCAGAGGAUAGCGGUGAAAAAAGGUCCCCUUCAGAAACAACCAGUACAGCCAGAGAUCAAGGACUCGGUUCCGAAGGAAGUCCAGAAAACUUUAGUUCUAAAGAUCAAUAACAACGCCGUCAAGUCGUCGAGGCCACUUUCGGACUACGAUUACUACGAUGACAGUCACGAAGGUGUGAAAUAUGAAGAUGGAUCCAAAGUACUUCUGCACGGAAAAGGCGACAUCGAAUGUCUGGACAUCGGAAACUUCGCGCAUCCAUCGUCAUGUAAGAAGUUCAUAUCGUGCGCGCGGAUGGAGAGCGGCGCGUUAGUGGGCUGGGAGUAUAUUUGUCCAAAGGGACUGUCCUUCGACCCCGUAGGAGGCAUUUGUAAUUGGUCCGCCGGGUUAGGUUGUACUGAAAAGGACGCGUGAUAAUGUUGUGUCGUUUAGAAAAGUUUAUGAAUAAAUAUGUACUAGGAAGAGAAAGCUAAUUUUUAAAAUCGUGCAGUAAAGAAGUGCUGCGGGUGUAUAGAAACUUUUUUAAUUGUAGACAUAAUCCAGCUUUAUUACGUUGUAUUGGAAAUACCAACUCCAUACUCACAGUCGGUGGUGUUCCAAGACUACAAUACAUUUAAAAUUCGAAAUACUCAGUGGUUGUUUAUACAAAGUAAUGUUAUUACUUUUUAUAUAUUUCAUUAUUUGGCUGUUUUAUUUAAUUUAAUUUUAACAAAAACAAAUUCAUACAUUAUUUUGUAUGACCAGCCAGUCACAAUUUUGUAAUUUUUACAUUAUGGAAUAUUUAACAGAUAGGCAAAAAAAUCCUAUGUAGAUAAAACGUCUAUAUCAAAAUUACUAUUAUUUAGAAAAUAUUACUCGAGAAUGUGCCUUAAUUAUUUUACAAUAAUUAGUUUUAAGA